CACGCACUGACACCGUUAGCGCACUUCUGCUGAGGUUUCUUUCGUCAGUGCCAAACAUGCAGUAGCAUGCUCCUCCAACACUUAAGGAACAAUAUGAAGGUUUAAAUAAAAUCAGCUUAAGGUGUGUAAGAGCAUUAACCAUUUGGGAGGUAACAUGAAGCGCUCGCGGCUAUGGAGUGUUCUGUGUUUGAUGACCGUCUGUUACCAGCUCGGGAUGUCAAGCAGAUACGGUUGUCUGUUUGAGAAGAGACUCUGCCCCAGGGAACAGCUCUGCUCAGAUGACGGGCUCUUCGGACAGUGUCAGGGCUCCAGGCAGGACCGGGUGCAGUACCAGGUCUCCGUGCCUGUGCUGCAGAGGCUACAGGAGGUUCUGAAGCAGCUGAUGAUGCAGGGUCUGUCCUGGGAGGAUGACAUUACCCAGUACAUCAUUGCCAAGGAGCUGGGCCGUGUUCCCCAAACACACACCCCCGCUCGCCCUCGAGACCCCCCCUCAUCACAACCCUCUCAGCCCUCAGAGAAGUCCCCCUCCAGGCUGGCCUAUCCCGGCCCCAAGUCUCGGGCCGGUGUGGACCAGAUCAGCCCCGCCCUGGUACAGCGAUACCUGGACUACAUGAUCCUCUCAGACCCACCUCAGGCCUCUAUCCAUAUGCAGGCUCCACUCUUGGACCCCUACACUUACCACCAGUACGGGUACCAGGAGGAAGAGGAGCGAUCGCUGAACUCUUUAGGGGGACCUGGGUACCCCCGUCCGGCCUCCCCCGGAAGGGGGGAUCGGGGGCGCUCCAGGGACCAAGACCGGGAGCUGUUGCAGGACCUGGUGUCUCUCCUCCUGUCUGCACAGCCGUCCUCCCGCCACCGGGUGGCAGCACCUGUCUCCUCCUCUCCCUUUUACGAGGACCUGGACUUCCCAUUGGACUAUGCAGAGGACUACGUCACGCAGGAGGAGGUCGGCAGCCGGCGGCAGCACAAGAAGGUCCCGCAGAACCACCGCGCCCCGCCCGGGGUGGACGAGGUCACCCUGCAGGGCAUCGCUGCGCUGCUGAACAGGUAUGGCAUCGAUGUGAAGGACCUGACCCCGAAGCAGCUGGACAGCCUGAUUGCCAUCCUGCAGCAAACGGAAGCACCAGAAACCCCAGAACAAUAUGAAGAUGGUGCUGUCUUACUGAAGAAGACGGAGCUCAUGGAAGGCGCCAUGACACACAUGGGUGACAAAGCCCCCGUGCCUGCCCCCUCUACGGCCCCGGUCCCAGGUCCCCAGCCGUCCCCAGAGAUUGUCACCACCCCGGGCCCCGCCCUGACUGUGGCGCCCUCCUCAGGGGGCAGUGUGACAGUUCAGGUGCCGACUGUGCCAGCGGUGGUGGAGAAUGAGCUGAACGAGAAAACCUCCAAAGGGUCCGACUCAGAGCGCCCGCAGAGCCGAGAAGAGUACGGCUACAUUGUCACCAACCAGAGUCCGCUCAGUCUGUUUGAUGGGGUGCGUCUGCUGGAGACCCUGGCUGAGAGGAUCCAUCUCGCCACCAGCACCUUCAUCAACAUCAGCGUGGUGGGUCCUGCGCUGACGUUCCGGAUUAGACAGAACAACCAGAACCUGAGCGCAAGCGACGUGGCUGACAGAGCAGUGGCAGAGAAGAACUUCCUGGAGGGUGAGACAGGGCUGAAGAUCCUUCAGAUAGGUGUCGGAGAGAGGACUGAUGGGCGGGGGUUGCCCCAGGCGACGCGGGUUCGAGACGGCUCCCGCUGGGUGUUCCUCACGUUGGUGGGCGUGGCAUGCGUUGGCGGGAUCCUGGUGGCGGCGCUCACCAUUGCCUGCCUGCGCCACCACGCCCGUCAGCUGGCGUCCGGGAAACUGGGGCUGGGGCCAGAGGGCGGCAGCGACACGCAUUACGAUUACCAGGAGUUAUGCCGCCAGCACAUGGCGGCCAAGUUUGGGCGUCAGGAGGCUGGAGCGGGAGGCGGAGGAGGGGGCGGGGGUGGCGGCGGGGGGGGCACGGACACAUCCAGGGUCAGCAGCGUGUCGUCCCAGUUCAGCGACGGCCCCCAGCCCAGCCCCAGCUCGCACAGCAGCACCCCCUCCUGGUGCGAGGAGCCGGCGCAGUCCAACAUGGACAUCUCCACCGGUCACAUGAUCCUGGCCUACAUGGAGGACCACCUGAAGAACAAGGACCGCCUGCUGAGGGAGUGGGAGGCCCUCUGCUCCUAUCAGGCUGAGCCCAGCUCCGUGUCCGUCGCCCAGAGCGAGAGCAACGUCAAGAAGAACCGCAACCCCGAUUUCGUCCCCUAUGAUCACUCACGAGUGAAGCUGAAGGCAGAGGUCAACCCCUCCAGGGCAGAUUACAUCAAUGCCAGCACUAUAAUCGAGCACGAUCCACGGAUGCCUGCUUACAUCGCCACCCAGGGUCCCCUGUCGCACACGAUCGCUGACUUCUGGCAGAUGGUGUGGGAGAACGGCUGCACAGUGAUUGUGAUGAUGACAGCACUGGUUGAGGACGGCGAGAAACAGUGUGAUCGUUACUGGCCGGAUGAGGGCUCUUCUCUCUACCACAUCUAUGAGGUGAACCUGGUCUCGGAGCACAUCUGGUGUAAUGACUUCCUGGUGCGCAGCUUCUACCUGAAGAACGUGCAGACGCAGGAGACACGGACGCUGACACAGUUCCACUUCCUGAGCUGGCCGGCCCAGGGCAUCCCCACAUCCACACGCCCCCUGCUGGACUUCCGCAGGAAGGUGAACAAGUGCUACAGGGGUCGAUCCUGCCCGAUAAUUGUGCACUGCAGUGAUGGUACAGGCAGAACGGGCACCUAUAUCCUGAUUGACAUGGUACUCAACCGCAUGGCCAAAGGAGUGAAGGAAAUCGACAUUGCUGCAACCCUGGAACACAUUCGUGACCAGAGACCGAACAUGGUACGCACAAAGGACCAGUUUGAGUUUGCCCUGACGGCCGUGGCGGAGGAGGUCAAUGCCAUCCUGAAAGCUCUGCCACAGUGAGCUGGACCUGCCCUGGGCCAGCCCGUCGGUCUGCAUCCUUCCUUUUGCCUACCCUCUUCUUCCUGCACUUUCAGGCGCUCAUCGUCACAUGGAAAUGUACCCGAAAACGUUCAAACCAACAUCUCUGCAUGGCCUUCAUUCUCCAGAAAAAAAUGAAAUAAAAAAACCCAAAACCUAACUAGCUGUAUUUUUGCAUUUUCCGUCCCCUCGGAACACAUGCUGAAUAUCUGGGUGACCACUGCGGUGAUAACACAGCCACACCUCCUCCACGCUGGUACUGCGAGGCUUUCGCUCUGACCCCUCUCCCACCAGCUGGAACAGACAUGGCCCUCGACACAGAGCUUGGCAGACUCCUCACAAGAUCAGAGACGAAAGCAGGGACAUCAUGGCUUGAGACACGUAGGAUCCAGUCCUUCCUGACAAGCAUUGAUUCUGUAAUGAAUGACGGCUCUUUGCUAGUCUUUGCUAGAUAUCUGCUUCAGAGAUGUGGGAACAUCAGGUUGAGAUUUGUUCCUUUCAUCUGACUGAUAGACUGGUUUCUGAAAUUCACCUAUCUUCUGUGCCUUCCUCAUUGGUCUUGUGUCACUGUGCACUUUCUAUCAGUAAUAGAAAAACAAGCCUUUUUAACAGUUCCAAUGCAGAAAUACAGAAGGAUAUGUAUGUGUCAUUGCCUCCUUGCUGUGGUCCUAAUUCCUCUAUGAUCUUGUGAAAGGAUGCCUCCUGCAGUUAAAGCUGUCAGUUUCUCAAGGAACUCCUCACAGCUUUUCAUUGGUUUGAAAGGUUCUAGCUUAACUAACAACUAAUUCCGACUAAGCUCACAGUACCAAAUUCAUCCCCUGAAUGCCAUGCACACAAAUCACAGAGUCAUUCUCUUGCUGGAUUACACCAGCAAAAUGAUGGUUGACACCACUCUAUGGAGGAUUAUCGUGCAGUAUAUUCAGAUGCACAAGUUAAAGAAGAUAAACUGCUUAACAUUGGGCAUUGUGACAUUCCAGCAUAGUAUUUUUUUUGUGCUCCCCUGUCAAUACUUUAUUUCCUGACAUUUGUCUCAUUUCUGACAGCGUUUUCCUUCGUGAAAUCAUAAGACACAGGAAGAUGAUGAUAAUCGGAAAAUUACAUGUUCAGAUAAGCAAAAUUCUGCAAGAGUAGCUCUCAGAUCUCCCCUACAACGUGAUGAGGAGCACAGGAAAAAAUAUGCCAGUGGAAAGGCAGUCUGUUCUAAUGUUUGUGAAGGAAUAUCUUGUCUAUGUUGGCUCUUCUUUCCUCUGUUUGACCGGCCUGUCGCGUGUGUUCACAAACUGUCUGUUUCUGCCUGUCAGCUUUUGUCUGUAUUUUCAACAGUUUAAAUUCAGCCAUGUUUCUUUGCACUUUUGCACACUGUAUGCAGAUCCUGCUGGAUUCAGAAUGUAACAAGUGUUGGUUAAAAGGAUGUUGGUUACCAAGGAUCCCUGGUGGGGUGGGGGGGUGUGUGCUGAGUCUGACCCAGUGUCACACGAAUACCCAGUUCCUGUAAAAACCUUCAGCUGCUCCUCCUUAUCCCCAAACACUUCAAUCAGGUUCAGCCUCUAUUGUCAGAGUUUUGCCAUCAUGAUUGUUGUAAAUGAUUCAUCUAGUAUUGCUGUAUUCCUGUAGCAAACAAGUAUAAAACAAAACAAAAAAAAAAAGAUUAUAAAGAUGAAUGUUA